AUGUCGAUGUUUUCGAGCAUCACCACUGCUCCGGCUAAGCAGUCGGUAAGCGAGACUAUUCCCAUUCUUAGCAACCGACUUGCCACGGCAACCCUUCUCGAGGACCGUCGCGCCGCCAUCCUGGGUCUUCGCAGCUUCGCCAAGCAGUAUCCGGCCUCUGUGGCGUCGACCGCGUUGCGCAGCUUGAUCAGCAGCCUGAGUCGCGAUGGCGAGGAUGUUGACACUGUCAAGGUCGUCCUGGAGACCCUGCUGAUGCUCUUCACCCCAGAUCCAUCCAGUCCCGAGGCCUCGGAGGAGAUCGCGCUUUGGGUUGCCGACGAGUUCACCCAGCGCCAUGAGAACAUUUCCAUGUUGCUGGGCUUUCUUGCCCCAGAUCGCACCGACUUCUACUCGCGCCUGUACUCUCUGCAGCUGUUGGCUGCCAUCCUCGAGGCUCGCACCGAGCGCACCGAGGAGUGCAUCAUCAGCACCAACGAGGGCAUCCCCCGCAUAGUUGCCGCCCUCGAGGACCCCCGCGAGGCUAUCCGCGACGAGGCCGUUGGCCUGUUGACAGAUUUGACGCCAACAUCUACCGUGAUCCAGAACCUGGUGACGCUCGAGAAGGGCUUUACCCCGAUCUUCGCGAUCAUUACCCGGGAAGGUGGCCUGGCCGGUGGAGCGCGAGUUGUCGAGGACUGCUUGGUCCUUCUGGGCAACCUGUUGCGGAUGAAUCCGCAGAAUCAGACCAUGUUUCGCGACAUGGGCUUCGUCUCAGAGGUUGCGCGUCUGCUUCGGGAGGCCUACGCGGCGAGUGAAGAGGGUCAGCCGAUCGCCGAAUGGGUCGAGGUACAGCGGAACAGGAACGUGUUUGCUCUCCUGGCCGUCCUUCGUUUGUUCCUUGUACCCGGCGCUGCGGGGACCCCGUUGAAUCAGGAGGCAUUCCUGGGCGAUCUUGGUGCGCCUAGCGGUCGCGGGCGUGGCGGGAAAAGCGUCGGCUCAGUGCUCGACAGUACCCUCCAGAUCGGCUUCUCCCGAGUGGCCGAUAUGCCGAUCAGGGCCGAAGCGCUGAUGGCCUGCGCGGACAUGAUCAGGGGCAAUGCCAAGUUGCAGGAACGGUUCGCUGCCUUGCAGGUGACAUCGCCGCUCGACUUCCCCCCAGAAGCUGGAGAUGCAAGGGUGAACGGAGCGAUACCCAAGGUUUAUGUAAUCGACGGCUUGCUCGACAUGGUCUUGGGCGUGUCCUCUCUGCAAGCCUUCGACCUGCGCAUGGCAGCCUGUGCCUGCCUGAAGGCGUACUUUUACAAGCACGCCGAGAUUCGUAUGCACUUCCUCGACCACGCGGUCCGCACGCAUAAGAUGAGAGCAGACGAUCUGACCAACGCGCUCUCCAUCCUGCUGCAACCCGGGCUGGAAUCGGUCGUGGAUCCGUACAGGAUCUGGUUUGCUGCAGUACUUAUCCUGCACCUGUUGCAUGAGAACCCCGAGACCAAAGCGUUGGCUAUGAGCAUCACGGAGGGAGAUGAAGAAAAUGGCGAGGAGGUCGUGACAAGCAUUCAGACUAUUGCUGCCCACCUUCUGAGCAGCGUGUCCAAAAACCUGGACCCGCGCAUCAGCAUUGCCUACCUGAUGCUGCUGCUUUGCUGGCUAUUUGAGGAUUUGGACGCCGUAAAUGACUUCCUCGGCGAGGCCACGAAUCUGCAGGGCCUUAUCCAAGCUGCUAUUGAGAAUCCCAACGGUGAUGUGGUAGUCCAGGGACUUAGCGCUAUGUUGGCUGGCGUAGUCUACGAGUUCUCAACCAAGGAUUCGCCCGUGCCACGGGCCACGGUCCGAGAGAUGAUCAUGUCACGCAUGGGCCGUGAUCGUUACGUUGAUAAGAUGUCUCGAUUGAGGUCGCAUCCUUUGAUGCGCGAGUUUGAGGUUCUCCCACAAAAACUCGAGGAUAAUGGGAUAGACCUCAAACCCCCCGAGGUUUUCUUUGAUGAGACCUUCGUUGAGUUCUUCAAGGACAACUACAGCCGCAUUCUUCGAGCCAUCGACCGGGACCCAGAUGCUGAGACGUCUGUCAUAAUCAACGGCGUUCAAAAAGGAGUCUCUCGCCAGCUCGUCGACGAUCUACGCGCCGAGCUAUCCGAGAAGUCCCAAGCUUUGCAAGACGCCGAGUCCAAGCUUUCUUCGCUCACCGAACAGCUCGCCCAGGAACAAAAAUCCCAUCAGCAUGCUGUUCAAAACGCCCAAGACGAGCUUGCGCGUGCGGCCGACGCGGCUAAUGCCCUCCGUGCCCAGCUUGCGGCGCGCGACGCGCAGCUGCAGUCAGCUUCGGAUCAAACAGCCACUCUCACCCGACAGCUUGCUGCACUCCAACAGGAAUACCAACGUGCCCAGGCCGAGAUUGUCCGGCUGAAAGCCGCUGCUGAUGCUCAACAGCGCGCUCAUGCCGCGGAACUCAAGUCAGUCACGGAGAAUCUCCAGCGAUCGCACGAUAAGCAGCUCGCGCAGCUCAAGACGGAACAUAAGUCAAGAGAGGACGAGCUGACCCGCGAAAUGGCCCAGCUCAAGAUAGAACAUAAAUCGAGACAGGAGGAGCUCACCCGUGCAAUGGAAGCGGUCAAGAAGGCUGUCGAACAGGAAUCUGAGAGGGCGAAGCGCAGAUGGGAAGCCGAGAGUGCUGAUCUGCGCGCGACGAUCAGCCGGUUGGAGGUGGAGGUUAUGAAAGUAGGGAAGGAAAGACAAAGGGGGGAUGAGAGGAUCAAGGAGCUAGAACAGGCCGUUCAAGAUGCUGAGAGCAGAUUUGAUGAUGCGGAGAAGAAGCUGAAGAAGAAGACAGAGGAGGUGAAGAGGUUAGAGGGAGUCGAGGCCAGAUUGAAGGAGCUUGAAGCGAAGCUAAAGGAGGCAGAUGAGGAGCGAGGACGCUUAGAAGCAGAGGUAGAGAGGAGAAAGAAAGAGAAGGAAGAGAAGGAAAAGGAAAAGAAGGAGGUGCAGGGUGAAUUAGAUGAUCUAUUAAUGGUAUUUGGGGAUUUGGAGGAGAAGGUUACCAAGUAUAAGGAACGGCUCAAGGCUCUUGGCCAAGAGGUAUCUGACGGGGAGGAGGAAGGAGAGGAAGAAGAGGAUGAGGAUGAGGAUCAAGACGACGAAGAAAGCAGUAACGAGAAGAAAUGA